AAAUUUCUCCAAAUUCAAAUAAAAGUCCCCGCCAAAACAAACUCAGUCACAUAUCUCUCCGAUCUGAAUGCGAAACAAAAAGUGUGAAUCCGAAUCCAGAAGCAAAAUUCAAAGCAACGACAUGCCGUCUUAGACGAUGGAGAAAGGCCUAGUGUCAGUGGACCGGUGGACGGAGGGAAGCCAGGUGUACUUCCUGACUCACCUGCACUCGGACCACACCCAAGGUUUGACCUCUAGGUGGGCGAGGGGUCCUCUCUUCUGCUCGAGGCUCACCUCUCAGCUCUUUCCUUCCAAGUUCUCAGACUUCGACCUCUCCUUUCUUCGCGUCAUGGAUAUCGGCGUUUGGUAUUCCAUUUCUCUCGUUUCUCCUUCAUCUGGAUCCCAGACUGUCUUACAAGCAAUGGCCAUCGAUGCUCAUCACUGUCCUGGUGCAGUUAUGUUCUUAUUUCGGGGAGAUUUUGGUUGCAUACUCUACACCGGUGAUUUUCGGUGGGAAGCUAAAAGUGAGCGGGCGAAGAUAGGGAGAACCAUGCUCCUUAAUGCUCUAAAGGAUGACAGUGUCGAUAUCCUUUACUUGGACAACACAUACUGCAAUCCUUCAUUUGAUUUUCCACCUCGAGAAGUGGCUGCCAAGCAGGUUGUUGAUAUUAUUGCAUCCCAUCCAGAUCAUGACAUUAUCAUUGGAAUCGACUCUUUGGGAAAAGAGGAUCUUUUACUUCACAUUUCACGUGUGCUUAAAAUAAAGAUUUGGGUGUGGCCAGAACGGUUGGAAACAAUGCAUCUUCUUGGGUUCCAUGACAUAUUCACCACUAAAACUUCUGUGACUAGAGUGCGAGCCGUUCCUCGCUAUAGUUUUAGCAUUGAGACUCUAGAGGGGUUAAAUACAAUGCGUCCAACAAUAGGAAUAAUGCCAUCCGGUCUUCCAUGGGUGGAGAAAACUGCUAAAGAAGAUGACAAUCUUUUUGGUUCCUUUUUAACUUCUCGUCAUAAAAAGGGAAAAUUGAGUGAAGAAGGUGGGACCUGGACUGAUCCGCUGAAUGGAAGUGUUGUGGAAAGGUUCCAUCAAUACAUAUAUUCAGUUCCAUACUCUGAUCAUUCUUGCUUCACAGAGAUACAGGAGUUCAUUGAGCUUGUCCAGCCAACUAGCAUGAAAGGGAUUGUGUCUACAUCUUCUUUUUAUGCUGAACCUCUUUACUAUUUUGGCCAACUUUGUGGAGAAAACCGGCUAUCAAAGAGGUUUUGCUACCAGCGUGGAAAGAAAGAUGGAGGCGAUAGAGUGGUUGCUUGUGAAACCAAAUCUUAUUCUGGAAAUUGUAGUUCCACUAAGGCAGCAAGUAAAAGGAGGAUGGGAAGGCUGAGCUGGGUAAGGGCAAUGAGAAGAUUACACCGUGGUGCCAAAAUUGAAGAAAAUGACUCUUCUGAUUGAUAAGUUUAGUUUUGCCAUUAGGGUACCUAGACAAUUUGAGUGAUGUUUACUUGUAAAUGAACGUAUCAUUUCAUAACGCUGGUGUACAUCGAAAUUUAUGAGGCACCAACAUUUUAUCCCUGGUGAAAUGUUGGUGUUGGACAAUUUUUCAACA